AUGUCGUCUAUGAGACGGACGAAGUCGACAUAUGAACGGACAGAAACUCUCGCUAGACCGUCAAGCAUUAGCAGCAAUGACCGUCCAUCGAACAACACGCACAUCAGCGAUGACAUCCAAACGUACUUGGAGCGGUCUUCAAAGUCCAUGAUUCGUAAACAAUAUAGUAUUUGGCUCGUUGGCGUUCCAGAUUGUCCGCCCAACACCAGUGAUCAUCCGUUCAGUACAACAAACAUCAUUCCUCAGUUUGUUCCAACAUCCAAUGUUUAUAAUUUUGCUAUCCUCCCCGAUCCGGUACAUGACACAGACCAGUCGCUCACUUCCUACAUCAAUUCGAAGGCAUUUCAACUAUUGCGUCAGUGGUCUGAUUCUCCGACAGACUCAAAAGAGUGGAAUGAAUUGCUGCUUAUCGGCUAUGGCCUUGGGGGUGUGAUACUAAAGCAGGCGAUUAUUCUUGGUUUACGCGACGGGACAUAUGUGAAAGUAAUCCUCCGAAUAUCAAAUUUGAUUUUCUGGAACGCAAGUGAUAGCGCGAGCAUACUCUCAGAUCAAUAUGCGACAUUAUUUCGAAAAUAUUCUGCUAAUGGUAAAGAGAUACCAUACACUCUCUAUUCUCCAGUUAUAAGUGAUCAGAUAUCUGUUAUUUUGGAAGACUACAAGUGUGUUUCGAGAAGAUUUCGAACUCGGGACUUCACCAGUCCUACACCUCCAACAUCACUAAAAUUCGAGAAUGUUGUUAUCGCUACAGAACCUACAAAGUCCAUCUCAAGGGCCACUCCUGUUAAAGACUUUUUGACGCGUGAACUUGCUAGUGCCUCCCAAGACAAUGCUCAAUGCCACGAGUUCCUACUUCAGAUCGAUCCAUUCGACAAAGCAAACCCACAAGGACCCACUGGCCUACCGUUUAUCAAACGUGAUGUGGCAUACCUGCAUCAUCUUGCAAAGUUCGUUGACGAUGCAGACCAAAGGACGAUAAUCAAGGUCGUUGAUAUACAAGGACUUGGCGAGUCAAAUGUUCUCCACUCUCUUGCAAGAGAAUUCUCCAAAGAUGACACCAAAACCGUGAUCGAAUUGUCCAGAAGUUCUUGUAUCUCGUUUUCGAAACCCGAAGCUGCUCUACAGUGCUCGUUUAUUAGCGAGAUCUUGUUGCAACGACCAUACUUGUAUUCGCGAAUUGAGUAUUUCAUCAAGCGCGGCUCAGAAUAUGGGUUCGGCGAGACUCGGCUUUUGAGCGUUCUUCUCUCUGCGAUAUUGAAUCUCAAGUUUCUGCAAAUUGUUGUCAUCAUUGAUGACUUCAAGGCGUUAACAACACGAUUCAACGACGCAUUCAAGGCGUUGAUGCAUAUGGCUAGCUCUGUAGAAUCUAACUUGAAAGUUGUAGUCAGCGGUGACCGCGAAGGUGCGCAAUUGAUCGAACAAGCAGAAGUCAUCUUUGAUAUGGAAGAAGAUCGACCUGGGAACGAAGCUUUGCAAGCUCAAUUUGGUAGUUUCUUCGCUACUCAGCCAGCCUUGUUACCCGGCUGCGAAUUGGUCUGUGACAAGUUAUGGAAGAUGAAUCGCACCAAGUUAGAGUCAUUCAUGAUUCUAAAGCUCCUCUCGCGGUCCGGUAUUAUAUCGGCACCUUCUGCACUUCUUAGACACAUAGAUAUGGUUCCAAGGAAGACGGUCAAGAUAUACGAUUACUUUUGGUCAAGCCUUCAGUCUAGACCCGCCGAGACGACAGGUUGGGCAGUGGACUGCCUUUCAUGGGUUUUUCUAUCGGCUCGCCCGUUGCGAGAACAAGAAGUAGCGUGUGGUGCUGCUAUUUCAUCCGCUUCAGAACUCGGAAGAAUUCCUCAGCUGAACGAAUAUUUGUCCGCAGACUUGUUUUCAGAUUUGGAUAGGUAUGCUGGCGUGUUUGUGAAGCAGGAAGAUGGUUGCAUUCUGCCUUUUCACAAUAGCGCUUCCGACUUUUUAGGCUUUAAUAGUGUUCAAGCUCGAGGUGCUAAGUCAUGGCAGGAUAAAUUUCACACACACGCAAGUCUCACAAAGCAUUGCCUCGAAUACAUAUCAAUUUUUGUGGAGGACGUAGAGAUCAUUCGCCAGGAAUUGACCGGAGAAACCCAGCACUUGAAGAUUCCCGACACUCCCGAGCAUUCUUUUCUCUCCUACGCAUGUAUAUUCUGGCCAAAUCAUUAUUUCGAAGCCAGAACGCAAUUCGGGCAAAAUUCUGAAGCCGUCCAACGCCUAAACGUUCAGAUCAUGAAGUUUUUAGCUUCUUCUGCGAUGGUGAAGUGGUAUGAGCUAUAUAGAGCAAAUAUCCCGCCCUUAGUUAAUUCGGAUCGCUACGAGCUCACGCCACUCGCGGUUUCUACCGACCUUGGAUUGGUGGAGAUCUCCCUACAGCUGCUUGAUGAGUUUCGCCCACCGUUGAACGUUGCAGAACUAGAUGCGUGUCUAGAUGUGGCGUUGAAGCGCCGAGUUUUUCCAGUCGCGAAACGCCUCCUGGAACUGAAAGCGAGGGGAAACAACGCUCUACAUCUGGCUGCGGAAAUUGGGAAUGCUUCUUUAAUUGACGACAUCUUAGCCAAUGGGAUUGAGAUCGAUUCUGUAGAUGACUACGGGUCCACGGCCUUGCACGUUGCUGUUCAAUACAGACAUCUCGAGGUAGCGAAAACUCUCCUGCGACUUCAAUCUGUGCGGCCCCAGGCUGAAACUAUUGAUGACACGGGAGUCGCAUCUGUUAUGCUGCAACUAGGGCGGAAUGGGAACUCCAUUUUACACUCUGCCUGCUUGGGCGGAGACCUAGAGAUCGUGCGAUGGGUCAUGGCCACAGAACCACACCUUGAAGUGACCAAGCGCAAUCGGUUCGAGGAGACACCACUUCACCUUGCGGCUGCCUUUGGUCACACAGAAGUCGUGGAGUUCCUGCAAAGUAUUGACGCCGACGUCCAGGCGAUGAACACAGACGGUAAUUCUCCGUUGGAAUUAGCUAGUAGAGGCGGUCACAUGAGUGUCUUGACCUUGCUUCUUGAAACGACCCAACCCAAAACUGCAAAUGCUGCUUUCCGCUUUGCUGCUAAGCAUGGAGAUUUGUUGAUGAUUAAGAGCUUAUUGGCGGCAGAACGCGUGACUCAAGACAACACGCUGCCACUGGCAGAUAAUCGUGGCCACGCGCUGUACCUCGCAGCUAGUCAUGGCCAUGCAAAUGUGGUUGAGUACUUGUUGAAAUCUGGAUCAGACCCUAAUGAGCGUAAGAAUUCAAACUCGCGUAGAUCUCCAUUGGCUGAAGCCGCGUACGAGGGUCAUACGCAUGUUAUCCAAAGGCUUCUUGUUGGGGGUGCAAACAUAAAUUUAGCCUCGGGCUCGAGUGGCGAUACUCCUCUUCACUAUGCUGCUUCUCGAGGCAAAGAACAAGCAGUCUCAGAGCUGUUAAAAUUCAAAUCCUGCAACCUAAAUGCACGUAAUGGAGACAAGGCCACGCCGCUGCACCUCUCAGUGAUGCAUCCCCAAGUCGUCGAGCGCCUGCUCAUUACUGGUGCCGAUCAGCGCAUACUGGACGAUGGAGAUUCAACGCCGUUGCAUAAGGCAGUUAAAAUUGGAUGUCUGGAGUCAGUCAAGCUUCUUUUGAGAUUUGGUGCUGACGAUACGUCUCUUGAUGGCAGCGGUCUAAAUCCUGUGAAUCUCGCAAUUUUGCAUCCGCAUCCCUUCGUUGCGAGCUUCUUGCUGCAACGGAAUAGGGACCUCAUCAACAUCAAAGGUGGCGAUGGGCAAACACCUCUGCAUUAUGCUGCUCGAACUGAGCAUGAAGACUUGAUUGCCGAGCUCAUUGGUAUGGGGGCCGAUGUGGAAGCGGCUGACGACGAAGGCUGUAGUCCACUUCACCUCGCUGCGAAAAAUGGAAAAGAAGUUGCGGUUAGGCAGCUCUUAGGGUAUAAGGCAGCUCCAGACACUGUAGACAGCAGUGGGCGUACCGCUCUACAUCAUGCGGCAGCCAGUGGAAACCUUAAUAUUUCAGCUCAAUUGCUCGAAUUUGACAUACUUAUCAAUCGAGUAGACAGUGAAGGAAAGUCUCCUUUGUGGCUUGCUUGUUAUGCAGGUCAGCUUGACAUCGUCCAGCAGCUUUUAAACAAAGGAGGAGUAUCAUCUUCAAAUGACGAAAAGAAUUGGACCCCAUUGCACGCAGCGUAUGAUUCUCCAGAGGUUGUUAAGCUUCUUCUUAAUCGAGAGUUCAACGAUGAAAAAGGCAAUCUUGACGGGCUUGGCAUCGAUGAUAGGACAGACGAUGGGUUUACAGCUUUGAUGUUCGCUGUAGCUUACUCUGCCCCAGAUGUUGUGAAGAUCUUGAUAGACGCCAAAGCAAAUCUCGAAGUACGGAGUACUAGUGACUCCACGGCCUUACAUUACGCCACUAGUGAUGUUGAUAUGGUGAAAAUUCUGGUGGAAGGCGGGGCAGAUGUGCACGCGAGAGGCGGGAUACCACAACCGGAGACGUGUCUCGAAACGGCUGCAAGAGCAGGAGAACAUGAAUCAGUGUUGUUUCUUCUAGAAAAAUUCACAGGGCCGACGGUAUCACCAGCUUCAGCGUGGGCUGCAGAGGAGUUACUCGAAGCUCUUGUUGCCACAUCCGACGAGACUUGCAUUACACAUCUCAUCAGUAAGUCCGACGCCAUGGUGAAUAUCAAACUUGAUGGCGGCUAUACCGCUCUGCAGAAAAUGCUUGACAAGGAAAAUGUGUCAGCAGCUCUGUGCAUGAUCGAAAAGGGAGCUGAUCCCUGGGAAUUUGGUGGGCCUUUUCUAUCUGCUAUACAUCAAGCAACGCAUAUGAGAGUCAUUUCGGUCGAAGAUAGCACUAUUCAAUCGGUUCUUGAAAAGGCAAUAUCGAAGCCUCAUUACUCCACAUCUGAAGCGCUGCUGAAAUUCAUUCAAUUGGCGUUUGAGCUCGAGAACUCGGAGUUAUGGAACGUCUUCCCAAAUCGUGCAGAGAUUUUGCACAACGUUAGGGAUCGCGAUGGCUGGGGACUGGAAGAUUUUUCUGCUCGAGCGAAGCAUCCCUAUGGUCUUAUAGAAAGAGGCCUGGAACCAAAUUCGGACGGAUUCUCGACACCAAGUACUUGGGUGCAACCCGAAGCAUGGUCCAUCAGUGGAAAAGAUAAGAAUUUGGAGUUUGAAAUCGCGCCGGACGGGCUCGAGGUCGAGGCAACAAGCACAUCUUACAGAAUGUCAUUCCGAGCCAACCACCCCUUCCCGCCCCGCAAAUCCGGCGUCGAUUAUUUCGAAAUCACGAUCUUGGAAGGCGAACCGGGCCAGAAAUCUACAACGGUGACGAUUGGACUGUGCAGCGAGUUUGCAAACAUGUCUGUCAAUUUCGCCGGGCACAGACAGUUUUCCAUCGGAUACCAUAGCGAUGACGGGAGGAUCUACGAUAGCACUGAUGAUCGUGGAGAUGAGAAAAUGCAUACUCCUGCGGGCCAAUGCAAGGUUUUUGGGAGGGGGGAUGUGGUGGGGUGUGGUGUUGAUUGGGAUAGGGAGGAGUGCUUUUUUACGCUGAAUGGGGUGGUGUUGUAUUCGGCGAAGAGUAAAGUCAUCAGGAGGAAACUUUAUCCGAUGAUCUCGUUGAAGAGGGGGGACGAGGGGGUGAGGGUUAAGGUUAGAGGGGGGUUUGGGGGGGAGGUGGUGUUUAAUCUUGCGUCUAGGGGAAAAGAGGUGAAAGUUGAGGGGGGUGGGUUGGAGUGA